AGCGGACUGGUGGAGGUGGCAACUGCUGACGGUUGUAAACAAACAUGAGUCGACUGUAAGACGCUCCUCACAACACUGACCUCACAUCUCAAGACCAAGUACAAGUUCACAAUGUCAAGUAGAGAAAAAAAGUUCUCCUGUAUGGAAUGUGACAAAGUGUUUUGCUGGAAGACUUCUCUGAAGAAACAUUUACUUACUCACAGUAAUAUCAAACACUUUGAAUGUGAUGAAUGUGGGAAACAGUUUUCAAGAAAGAGUAAUCUCAAGACACAUACACUUGUGCACAAAGGCAUUAAAGAUUUUGAAUGCAAUGAAUGUGGGAAAAAGUUUUUACAAAAGAGUAAUCUCAAGACACAUUUAAUUGUGCACAAUGGCAUUAAGAAGUUUAAUUGUGAUCUAUGUGGGGAACAAUUUUCUUAUAAGAGUGUUCUCAAGACACACAUACUUGCACACAAUGGCAUUAAAGAUUUUGAAUGCAAUGAAUGUGGAAAAAAAUUUUCACACAAAGGCAAUCUCACGACACAUUUAAUUGUGCACAAUGGUAUUAAGAAGUUUAAAUGUGAGGAAUGUGGCAAACAGUUUUCAAAAAAGAGUAAUCUCAAGAUGCAUAUACUUGCACACAAUGGCAUUAAAGAUUUUGAAUGUUAUGAAUGCGGGAAAAAGUUUUCACACAAAUGUAAUCUUAAGACACAUUUAAUUAUGCACAAUGGCAUUAAGAAGUUUAAAUGUGAGGAAUGUGGGAAAAAAUUUUCUCGCAAACACACUCUCAAAAGACAUAUACUUGCACACAAUGGCAUAAAGAAUUUUAAGUGUGAGGAAUGUGGGAAACUUUUUUCACAUGAGAUUUCUCUGAAGACUCAUAUACUUGGACACAGUGGCAUUAAAGAUUUUGAAUGUGAAGAAUGUGGGAAAAGAUUUACACGAAAUAGCGCUCUAAAGACACAUUUGCUUGUCCAUAGUGGUAUUAAAAAAUUUAAAUGUGAUCAAUGUGGGAAAUCUUUUUCCACAAAAGGUAAUCUGAAAUAUCAUAUAAUUGCACAUGAAAAAGUAUAAUUUUCUAAAUGUUUGAAUAAAUUUGACAUCAGUAUAGAACCAUGUCAGUAAGCUAUGAAUACUUCAGAAUAAACAAUAGUGACAAAUGCCACCUAUACAUAAUAAACAUUUAUAUUAUCUACUCUAAUGAAGUAAGUUUCUUCAGUCUUUGCACAAGUACUUAACUGUGACAUAAACAAUAUCUCAAAAAAAUAAACUUGUGUUAGUUGUGGGAUCAUACCAGUCUAGUUGAACUUCCAUUAUAACCUUGCUAAUAUGUUAUGGUCGCAAGUUCUAUUUGCUAGUCAAGUCAGGUGAAGUUAGUUUAUUCAUGUCCUCCUGUCAUUUGGAAACUGUGACUCAUACAGUAGCUAAAUACUUGAUCCAGACCAGAAGUUUAGCCUCUCCAGUGAGCCUAUGCAUUCUUAUAUAAGAGCCUUGAUGGUUUAGAGGAGCAGCAGUAGGUGUUCAGCUGUCAGUGGGACUUGUUCUACUAUGGCCUACUCUUGGUUGGACCUCCUGCUGACUCACAGUUAGUUAGAUUUUAGUUCUCCGGCUGAGGUGAGGCUUUAUGGGGAGUCAUUACAUCUAUCUCCCUUGGUUAUCUUGUAUUAAUCUUUGUCAACCUUUAAGGUAGUGAUGAAUUAUAUUAUUGGGACAUCACAGUUGAUUAUAAUUUGUCUAGAUGUCAUAUAGUAAAUAUAUUUAUGUGUGAAAUGUUA